UUCUACUAGUACUAGCUAGUACUUGUUGAUCACCUUAGUGUGAGAUGCGAAAAUUUCGACAGCAUGACUUUCUCUGCAAUGCAAUCCUAUGCAAACUUCACAUUUCCUAAUCACCUCCAGCCAAGACCCUUGCUUCCAAAAACUCAGCAGCUCCCACCGUUUCCCUCGAAUUUCGCCAAAAAAUCAAACGGCACUGGUCUUCUGGACUUUAAACGUCUAAGCAUAUCGUCGUCUCUUCAAGGUUUUAAUUUCUUAGAUGAAUCGAGAGAUAGGAAACCACGAGAGUCAUUGGUCCCCUGCAAAGCCUACGAAGCCCAUCGGUUUCAGCUGCCGAUACAGAUAAACAUCGAAUUCGACAAAGAAGCUAGGGAAGUUGCAGCUCAAAAGCUAAAGAUUGGGCUCUACUUUGCUUCAUGGUGGGCCUUGAAUGUGGUAUUCAACAUAUACAAUAAGAAGGUCCUCAAUGCCUUUCCCUUCCCAUGGCUCACUUCAACUCUGUGUUUGGCAACUGGGUCUCUCAUGAUGUUGCUCUGCUGGGCUACUAAGAUCACUGAAGCACCAAAGACCGAUCUCAACUUCUGGAAAGCUCUAUUGCCGGUGGCUGUGGCACAUACAAUUGGGCAUGUGGCAGCGACAGUGAGCAUGUCAAAGGUUGCAGUUUCAUUCAGUCACAUAAUCAAGAGUGGUGAACCUGCUUUCAGUGUUCUGGUCUCCAGAUUUUUCCUGGGCGAGGCUUUUCCGCUGGCAGUUUACCUCUCUCUCCUCCCGAUUAUUGGCGGUUGUGCUCUUGCUGCAGCCAACGAGCUAAAUUUCAACUUGACCGGGUUCAUAGAGGGUAUGAUAGCGAACUUGGCAUUCGUUUUUCGAAACAUUUUUUCAAAGAGAGGGAUGGACUCCGUCGGGGGAGUGAACUACUAUGCUUGCCUUUCCAUGAUGUCCCUUUUGAUUCUCACCCCAUUUGCAAUUGCUACGGAGGGUCCUCAAAUAUGGGCAGCUGGCUGGGACAAAGCAGUUUCUCAAAUUGGACCUAAUUUCAUAUGGUGGGUGGCGGCACAAACUGUAUUCUAUCACUUGUACAAUCAAGUCUCAUACAUGUCCCUAAAUGAGACAUCACCCUUGACAUUUAGCAUUGGGAAUGUUAUAAUGAGGAGAAUUUCUGUUAUAGUUGCUUCCAUUGUAAUUUUUCAAACGUCGGUACAACCGAUCAACGCACUCGGAGCUGCCAUCGCGAUUUUUGGAACUUUUCUCUACUCGCAGGCAAAGAAGUGAAAGAUUGACCACGGCGAAAGAAUGCAGAAAUUGGUCCAAAAUUUACCAUGGAGAUAUUUACAAGUUGAUGUUAUGAAUUUUUGCUAGCUACAGGCUAGCUAUAGGAUCAGAAAUAGCAUAUCUCAUGCUAUAGAUCGAUGGAAAAAUAAAACGUAGGACUAGUAAAAGUGAGGGAAAAAGAAAAGGUUCACUACGGGGGAAGAGCAACAGGUGUUUUUUUUUUUCCCCCUGUGUUGUAAUCUGUAAAGUCAGUAGUCAACCAGGGCUGUUUAUUUUUUUUUACUCUCUCAAGUUUUUUUCCCCCUAUGUUGUAAUCUGUAAAGUCAGUAGUCAACCAGGGCUGUUUAUGUUUUUUACUCUCUCAAGUUUUUUUUACCAA